UACAUUCUACCCGUAUCUGAUCAUGCACACGGUUUAGCAAACGAUCGGUUAAAUAUACAUAAUUCAAUUAUCUGCCGUCUUAUAUCUCCUAUUGGGUAUUACGAGAACAGAUUAACGUGAACGUGAAGUGUAAUGGUGAUUUAAGGACGAGUGCAAUCGACUGCCAAGUGGUGAAACUGCGUCACCCCAACAAAAAACUACGGUGAUUGUUCUUCCUUUGUUGACGUACUUAAGGAGCUGUUCCGGAUCGGUAGUUUAAUAUUUGUGGCUGCACGAGUGCAAUCAAUUAGCUCCGCGAAAAUGUGGAACUCGGAGCGAUCCCAGCCGAAUGGUGGUGGUUCCGGUUCGGCCACCAAAACGCUCGGCAUGACGUCAGCGAUUAGCACGGCUGAGCCAAAACCGGAAGAUAUUCAAAAGACAAAGGAACUGGAAAAAGGUUUAGAACCAUACAAUGUGUUCGAGGCUGAGGAGGAACUUAAUCAUCGAAUGGAAAUAUUGGCCAAGCUAAACACACUCGUCAAACAGUGGGUACGCGAUGUGUCCAUUGCGAAGAACAUGCCCGAGGCAAUGGCCGAAAAGUUGGGCGGUAAAAUAUACACAUUCGGUUCGUACCGGCUCGGAGUGCACCAUAAAGGGGCGGAUAUUGAUGCCCUGUGCGUAGCGCCACGCAAUAUAGAGCGGUCCGAUUAUUUCGGUUCGUUUUUCGAGCUGCUAAAGCAGCAACCCGAAGUCACCGAGUGCAGGGCCGUUGAGGAAGCGUUCGUACCUGUUAUCAAGAUGAACUUUGAUGGCAUUGAGAUUGAUCUGCUGUUCGCACGACUAGCGCUGAAGGAAAUUCCCGAUAAUUUCGACUUGCGGGACGAUAUGUUGCUGAAGAACCUUGACCAGAAGUCGGUACGCAGUCUGAACGGAUGUCGAGUGACGGAUGAAAUUCUGCGGCUCGUACCAAAUAUUGACAAUUUUCGAUUAGCACUGCGGACGAUUAAACUGUGGGCAAAAAGACACGGAAUCUAUUCCAACUCUCUUGGUUAUUUCGGCGGUGUAUCUUGGGCAAUGUUGGUGGCCCGAACCUGUCAGCUCUACCCAAACGCAGUAGCGGCUACGCUUGUGCACAAGUUUUUCCUCGUAUUCUCGCGUUGGAAGUGGCCCCAACCCGUCCUGCUCAAGCAGCCCGACAACGUAAAUCUCGGCUUUAUGGUAUGGGAUCCACGGGUAAAUGUGCAGGAUCGGUUUCACCUGAUGCCAAUCAUCACACCAGCAUAUCCGCAGCAAAAUUCAACCUUCAACGUAUCGAGCUCGACGCGCAAGGUGAUGCUAAUGGAGUUCAAUCGUGGCAUGCAAAUUACGGACGACAUUAUGAUGGGCAAGCAAAUGUGGGAAAAGUUAUUCGAGGCGCCGAGUUUCUUCUACCGGUAUCGUCAUUUUAUCGUGUUGCUAGUUACCUCGAGCAAUGCCGAUGAUCACCUUGAAUGGUGCGGUCUGGUAGAGUCCAAGAUACGCUAUCUGAUAUUAAACCUCGAGCGUAAUCAACACAUCAAUCUAGCACACGUCAAUCCGAAGUGCUACGAACAGCAUGAACAAAAUGCGGCCACCACACUGAGCGGUGCGGAUGGUAAACCGAACCCAUUCUGUUCGCUCUGGUUCAUUGGGCUGGAGUUUGAACGGUCCGAAAACCUGAACGUCGAUCUUACCGAAAGCAUACAAAAUUUCACCGAUUCCGUACAUAAACAUGCGGUGCACAUUAAGCUGCUAAAGGAUGGUAUGAAGAUCGAAGCCAGACAUGUGCGGCGGAAGCAGCUGACACAAUACCUUGACCCGAAUCUGUUGAAACGUGAGCGUAAGAUAUCGGACGGUUACACACAGUGCAGCAGUGCGGGCGGUGGAAAUUCCAACGGGUCAGCGUCGCCCGCCGAUGCUGCUUCGCGUAAACGAAAGUCGAGCGAUCUUACCUCUGCCACCGUCAGCAGUCCGAUUGCUGCUUCCUCUGUGGGCAGUAAUGGAAGUGCUAGUAAAAAGCGACGUAACGAUUCCUUCGACGGUACCUCGAAUGGUAGUUUCUGCAGCACCUCGUCGACAACGGUUGGGCAAACUGGCGACACGCAAAACACGGAAGCGAACGAUUCAAACACCACUGCUGAUUCCAAUGCUGCCACAUCCCAGAGCACCACCGCCACACCGUCCGCCAGCACCUCUCCCGCUUCGUCAGCGAACGGCGGUAGGGAUGAAGGCAUCGCUCCUUCCACACCCUCCGAAGAGCCACCGUCUAGUGCCGGAAUGCUCGAUGAAGAGAAUGCAUUCGAAGGGUCAGCCACCGCAUCCAGCACGAAUGGCAAUGGCACCAGUAACAAUGGUAGUGAUAGUACUAGCGGUAACAAUUCGAGCACGACACCGGCAGCUACGACAUCGGCGGAGGUUGCCUGCUCUUGACUGACUCAUCGCCAAGCGAUGUAUCACGGUGGAGAACCAUCUUCCGAUGGGCGAUCUCCAGAUGACGACGAGUGUGAUGGUGAUGUUAGUAAUAACGAUCGGGUAGAAAGAAACGUUGCUGUAUCAGCUACCGCUGUUGCUGCUCUCGUUGCUUAAUUGCUCGUACCGUGAGGGAAUAAGCUGAAGGUGACAAACGAAAACCUGAUGACGAAGAAAUGAAGGUAAUUGUUGAACAAAAACAAACUAUAAAAUACACACAUAUAAAACGGUCCAGACGGUGCGCAAUACUACUACGGCAACUGACUGAUAAAAAAACUUUAGAAGGUUGAAGAGUGAAAUGCUGUUUGGAUGUAGCACCGAGGAAAAUAUAAUCCAAUGUAUAUAAGCGAUAUAGAAUGGAAUGGAUCAUAGCUAUUGCACGUAGAAUGGAUAUUUCUAUCGAAUAUGAUGGGACGGACUUGCCGACAUGGUGGAGAUGCGCAUGGUAUCGUUUCUUGCAGUAUAGAUGUACUUUAUUAAGGUAAGAUAGACUCCCCUCGGUUUUCAUCCACUCCCGCUUCAUCCCAUUGAAGGAUGAAGAAGGAAAGCAAUGCAGCAACAGAAGUACGACAUUGCUUACAAAGAAAAAAAAUAAGUAAAGAGCAAACUAUCUGCCUCGAGCUGGUAGAAUGGUAGAAGGACUAGUUUAUUUUACUUUCUCCCAUUCUUUAUAAGCGUAGUAACGGCUCACUCAUAACGUGGAUUGACCGGCGGCAUACCGGAAAGCCUGAGAAGCAUCCUGACAUCAGACAACAGCCAGGAUUCAGGAGCAAGAAUGGUCACGGCAAAGGUUAAUAUUUAACUUUUCCGACCUUGGAAAUUGGCUGUACGCAUUGGUUCAAUGCAUAUAGUAGCAGAAGUAGAUUAUAUGAAGUGACAACAAGCUUUAGUUCUUGUAUGGCAAGGGAAUGGAUGCGAUUUGUACAUAAUUUUUGAUAGAUUAGAUGAGUGGUAGGAAUUACACUCAAUGAUGAUGGACGGUAUAACAUAAAUGAACCUAGCAAAGGCGAAGAGAGCAGCAAGGAGAGGGAAAUGUUAUAAAUG